AUGGUCUCCAGUAUCCUGGCACUGCCAAACGACAUUCUGCUUGCCAUAUUUCUCCAGCUAUCCGCUCCAGACCUCCUCCAUCUCAGCCAGGUCUGUCGUGUUCUCCACGAGUACACUCUCGAUUCGUAUCUAUGGCACCAAGUUUUGUCACGACAAACGGACCUCCCACUCAACAUCGAUCCUUACGUCGAUGCUGCUGAACUAUCCGCACCCAUCUUGCAGAAGGCAACCCGUGACGCGCUUCGCAUCGACAAUAACUGGAAACGACACAACCCACAGAUCCGCCAAAUGACACGAAUUGGAGACAUAGAGAAUAUCUUACAAAUGCAACUUUUGGGGAGCCAAUACCUUGUCAUUCUUCGCCGUCAUCUGCCAUCGUUGUCCGUGUGGCGUGUUAUAGCCAAACGAGCUGUGCUUUGCGCGCGAACCGACCUUGAGGACUCGACUACACCACUCAGGUUUGCAGCCAGCUUGGACUCCCGCAAAGAACAAAUCCUACUUGCACUGAUCUCGACAAUCAAGUCUGGGACUCAGUUGUCUGCAUAUUCCGUCAUGCUGUCCGACGAGUCGGAUUUUUCUCCAGCAUCUCUCAAGAUGGUCUACAAUAUAAGCAGAGUUGACCCAGACCCGUUUUACGAGGUUCACGUCUAUUCGCAUCUGAUUGCGAUCGGAAUUCAUUCGGUGCUUGCCCCACAGCUUCUUAUCGUCAAUACUGUGGCCAAAACCCGAUGCUUGGUCCAUCUGCAUCUACCAGAGGCGAGCCUGGAAAUAUUUUCAUUAUUCUCCUCUGAUGUUCGACAUAGGGCUUCUCACAACUGCAGUUCAAAUUAG